UUAGGGUGUGACGCGGACCCUGUUUCCGCUGGGCCGUCGCCGGGCAGUAGGAUGUGGCGGGCUGUUGUUGGGGUCGUGCUGUUGGCCGUGUGCCUGCACCUCCUGCAGUCCUUCUACCAGCUGGAGGUUCUGGCGAUGCUGGCACGGUUCCUGUCCGAGAAUGUGUUUGGCAUGCCGGAGAAGCAGACUCCAGAGGAGCUUCUGGCUGAGGCCUGGGACUUGAUGAUCAUACCGCCCACUGUGGGCUGGACCAAGGUGGCCGUGGGGGUGAAUGCCUGUGUGGAUGUGGUGGUGUGCGGCGUUGGCCUUUUAAAAGCUCUGGGCUUGAACCCUGGUAAACAAGUGGAUCAUGACAUACUGCAGACGAAAGAAGAUCUGAGGGAAACUUUCUCUUAUUUCAUGGAGAAAGGAGUUGCAGCUGAACGAUUCUUCGCUGACAAGGAACUCUUUCAGAACGUUGCUCUGGCUGCAUCCAAGUACCCAGGAGCUAAGCACUUUGUGGGUGGAAAUGCUGCUCUCAUUGGUCAGAAGCUGGGAUCGACUGGGAACCUGUCGGUGCUACUGUGUGGGCCUGUGGGUCCCAAGCUUCAUGAACUUUUAGAUGAUCGAAUUAUUGUUCCACCGGAAUCUUUACAGGAAGUCGAUGAGUUUCAUCUCAUUCUGGAAUACCAGACUGGAGAAAACUGGGGGGAGAUUGAGGCACCUCAUGCGAAUCGCUUCAUCUUCUCCCACGAUGUGUCAAAUGGAGAAAUGAAAAUGCUGGAGACCCUCAUAUUAAGUCUGGAGGAGUUUCAACCUGAGCUGAUUGUUCUUUCGGGUUUACACAUGAUGGAGGGACAGGAAAAGGAAGAACGAGAUAAGAGGCUCCAGGAGGUUAGUCUGUUAAUCUCAGAGAUUCCCAAUGAAAUCUCAGUGCAUCUGGAGCUUGCCAGCAUGACAGACACAGCGUAUAUGAACACAAUUGUGGAACAGCAGGUUCUUACUAUUGUGAACUCGAUUGGCCUGAAUGAGCAGGAACUCUUGUUCAUCAGUCGAGCUGGUUCAGGGCCUCACAGCUCGCAACAGUACUGGAGUGGAACCCCUGAUGUUGGAGUGGUCAGUGAUAUCAUCUUCUGGCUCCUCAAAGAGUACGGGCGCACAGAUUCAACCCGGGAUUCGGAUUUAACUCGCAUUCAUUUUCACAGUCUGACCUAUCACAUGGUAGCAGUAAUUGAUGGUUACUGGAGCAACCAAGUUGCGUCUGUUGCAGCUGGUGCAAGAGUUGCUGCGAGUCAAGCAUGUGGUACCGACACCAUUGAUCCCACAAAAGUUGUUCUGAAAUCCCCCAUGAAAUUUGUUCUAUCAAAAAUCGACAAAUCAUUGAAGACAAUGAAAAUGACAUUGAGUCCAACCAACCCUGUGGGCAUAUGGCACCGAGAAAACAUCUCAUUUUUCAUCACUCCUGUGCUGGUUUGCAUUGACCCAAUCAGGACUGUAGGAUUGGGAGACAGCAUCUCUGCGGAAGGCCUGUUGUAUUCUGGACGGCAGUGACUAGAACCUCAGUGUUCAACAAGACAGAGUCAAACUUGACUAUGUAUUAACGGCAAAUUCUCUAUGUAGUGUGUAGGAAUGGGUCUUUGAUUGGGAUGUGCGUGUGUUUGAUGGUCACAGUUUAGAGCAGGGAGAAGGGGAAGCAGACACGUGUGAAGUGCUUUUUAAUCCUGGGUGCGGUGUAUAAAAGCCAACAAGUUAAUGCAAAUUCCAUUUGCACAACAAUCAGUGUCCUGUAGACUUGUUGUAUUCUAUAAUAGUCUCAAAUCUUUUCAGUCAGUUUCUUUUCUACAGUUCUAUCUUUUAAAUCUUUUCUAAAUUUUCUGCUUUUGAUGAAAUCUUUGGAAAUCUAGUUAUUAAGUGGUUUGGGAGAUGAUGAGUUUGUGGUGCUGUUAUUGGGUGGGAGAUGCAAUGUAUUAGACAGGUCUUUCAUGUGGAUUUUUAUCCAUCUCCAUCUUUUGGAUAAUUUCUUUUACUGGCAGAGUUUCACACACAAAGUGAUUGUGGUUUCAUUUCUACUUCUAGUCUGGAUGAGUUUACAUAACAAAGCUUGCCCUAAUAAAACACCAAUCAGAAACUGCAGGAUGUGGGAACUGGAAAACAGGAUGGUUUUCUGAGGUGGGGUGAAAGGGGCAUUGCUUUCCAGAGCCAGGUGAACAGCAGUUGCUUCAUUUACAUACUACACCAGCUUUGCUACUGGUAUUAAACAAGAAAUAGAAAUCCACUGGCUUUGCUUCAUUACCAGUGUCAGACAUGUUUCAAACAUUGCUUCCUCCCUUUCAGGAAAUACCUAAAUUUGAAAGGCCAGGGCUUGGAAUUAUGCCAGAUUUACCUGAUGAAAGAUCCAACUUUACACCUUACUGGUCCCUGCUGUCAGCUGUGACCUUUCUUUAAAUGAGCUUGAUGUUGAAUGGUUGUGGUUCAAUGCCUUUGUUUGGUUGGGGGGGGGGGGGGUGGGGGUUAACAACUUCCAUUCAGAAUGGAUUUUUGUUUUUGAAAGCUGCUGCAUCAAACCAUCAAUUCAGAGUGAAAGCCAUGUUUUGAAAUAGCAUUAUCCCAGAAUUUCUAUACUUCAGGAGGACUGGGUGAACAAAGUGCUUGGGGGGUGGGGGUGGUUGCGAAAGUGAGUUUAGGUGCUAAUUUUCAGCCUUUUUAUUAAGAAAGGAGUAAUGAACUGUUUGUGAUCAUGAUUCUGAUUAAGCUGCCUGACAUCUUGAUGUGAGGAAAUGUAGUUCUGCUUGGUAAAACUCACCUGGUGGUUAGAGGCCUAGUCUUUGAUGAGGUGCUGAUAGGAGCGGGCACAUCGGUUGGGUCAAGGGCUGGGAGGGUUGCAGAGGACCCUGACAGAGUUCCUGGUUCCUGUGCACUCUUGGAGGGUAGGGAGGCUUCUGCAAAGUGUACGUGCCUAAAAGGCUGGAUCAGACUUGCGUAGCUCCAGAAUUGAAUAGCCUUCUGAACUGACUGUUGAGGCUCCCACAUAGUGAAUGGGCAAGUGCACUUGUGUUGAUAAGGUGGUGGGAGAGCAUGUGUAGGGUGGGGACACCUGUACUGUGCAUUGUACACCUUUGACCUCCACCCAAUGUAGAGAAGGAAAAUUAAAAGGGCAUUUAAAGCUAUGUCUGAAAAUCAUGUGUUUCUCCCACCAUUCUCACCAGGUUACGAGCUGUCUGAGGGCAAAGUCUGAAGCAGGCAGCUAACUGAGUCUGUUCAGAUCACUUCCAUCUCUGCUCUGAGUUAGCCUUCUCUCAAAUGUCAUUGAACCAAAGGCUGUGACAUACUGGGGCAUACAUUUCUAUUAAUUCUUUAGUUUGAUACCAGGCAAUCAGUUGCAUUUUUACUGGAGGGUGGACUUGGUUAUUUAAGCCUGUAAUAUGCUUUUUAUAUUGAGGAAUGUUUUGGGUUCUUUUCUAUUUCCUUUUCCAUUUCAAAAGGAAAUUUUCCAUUUGAUGUGUUGUCAACCUUUCUUUAAGACCCCUACAUUUCACAGGUCUUUAAUACUAGUGAUGAUUAUAACUGAAGUAUCCCUUAUGGAACCAGUAUAGGAUGAAAGAGAACUCAAAAUGUAUCCUGCUUAAAAUACGUGCAGUGAACUUGCACAUUUAUCAAUUGUUUUUGGUUAUGCUCAGCAUUAUAGAGGUCUCUGCUCUAUAGGAGGCACUGUCAUGCUAUACGAUGUGCAAAAGCCAAGGUGAAGACAGGGCUUCUGUCAUUUUCUGUUACAGUGAAGUGUCCAUUACCUGGUCUUAUAUAUAUGGAAUGGUACCCAUAAUACAAAAUUAUGUAGUCUGUUCAUGGUCAAAACAGCAGAGUCUGCAUGCUGUUUUGGAGAGACAAGUCAAACUGAUCCUGAGCAUUUCUAUUCCUACAUUGAGUAUGCUCCAGGAUUGUCUUUGACAGUGAGUUUGCUGCCAGAGGCAACUCUGCAUGAACAACUGAGCAAGAUACAACUGGAAUUCAGCACUUGCAUUGCACUGGAGCUGCGAUCUGUCUCCAUGCUCCCUCUAGUGCCCUCAUGUCCAACCACAAUGUACCCAGUGAGAACAGGAGAUUUGAAAUGGGAUCAUUGAAAAACUGGGAUUUUAGCUUAGUGUCAGUCUGAGCUGCAAUUUGAUUUCAAGAAUCAAUAUUUUUCUUGGCAAUGGGAACAUUAGAAUGACAUGUAUAUUUUAAAUUGUGACAGCUUUUGCAAAACAAUGUUUGACAUGGUUUAAGUUGACUAGCUUUAUUGACACUGGUUGCUCUGCUUUUUAUGUGAUGAAGUAUAGAGAUACCUCAUGGACAGUUUGUUGGAAAAAUUUAUGCCUUUUUUCCUUAUGUAAAAUGUCGAUGUCAAACAAAUCUGAGGGUUUUUUGUUAAAUUUGUGGUUUAAGUACUGUAUCAAUCCACUGACCAUGUUACUUUUUUAAAAGCAAGAUAUUGCAAUAAAUGUUUUUCUA